AUGUCAGUUUCUGUAAUCAUUUUUCUCUUUUUAACUCUAUUCCAUGUAGCUAGAUGUCAUUCUGACGGUGCUCCUGACUCGCAAUGCGUGAGUAUGAUGCCAAGACACGAUGUUCCGUCUCAAACAGUUAAUAGUCCAUAUCAUGUUAAAGUUGAUAAAACAUUCUAUAAUGACACAAAAAUCAAUGUAUCCAUCGAAAGUUUGAGUGAGUAUAUUAAAGGAUUUCUUCUUCAAGCAAGGCAAGUUGGUGAAAACACGGCAAUCGGGAUGUUUUCAGAAUCAUCACUACCAGAAAAUACAAAGUUCGUGAAUUGUGGUAACAGUAAGAGCGCUGUCACUCACUCCGCUCGCCUUAAUGUAAGAACGUUGACUUUCGAUUGGGAGCCACCAAAAGGUUUAUCAGGUAAUAUAUCUUUCUAUGCCACCGUCGUGAAGGAUUAUCGUACUUACUGGGUUAAACUUCAGUCGGCUGAACUCCGUGUAACCUAUAACAAGAACGAUAGCGGAGCUGGCUCGAAUGUUGUUGGUAUGCCAUCUUUAUUCUUUAUGGGACUAGUUCUUGUCUUGUUUGAAAUGUGAUUGGAAACUUCUUCAUACGCUUUUAUUUCUUAUAUCCUACACACGAAGGAAGAGGAACUACCGUAGGUGCAAUCAUUGUUUAUCGUCACUUGUUAAACAAUUAACACCUGAAGGCAAAUUUGUGCCCAUGUAGCUUAUAGUAAAAUGGUAACUCGUAGCACAAUACUUCAUGUUGUAUGAAAAAAAUGGUAAUAAAAUACUCGAAUUUCCUUGA